AUGGGGCUACCUCACCUGAUCACCCGCAGACGACUGGUUACACAGGUCACCAAACAAGGGGCGAACGCAUCAAAGCAGCUCUUAAUCAAAUUGUAUCUGUACAACGUGUCGAGGAUAAACAUCGAUGUGUAUUACGACAUCGUUUCUGCGCUGAAACGGGAUAGGCUUCCGGCUCAGGAGGAGACUCGUAUUCUCAAUGUGCCCCAUUUCUCAGACGAAAACUUGAUUUUGUACAAAUAUUUCCAGUACGUACAUUCAGGAUGUGAUAAAGGAAAAUCACUAAAAUUAAUGCUCCUACUGUACAACAAAAAGUUACGAGAGUAUAACGAUAAAAAAAUUUAUUUUUACAACUCAUGUGUGCAUGUGCACAAUUAUGUCUUCGAAGAUUUUUUUUAUUAUCAUUCCAAUUUUUCCUACUUGAGAAGAGGAGAUGGAAGGAGCGUCCAUAGGCAUUACACUUUGCACACAGAUUUUUUCCUAUACGCGCUCGACUUUUAUUUAUUUCAUUUGUCAAAAAAUUGCAAACUUCUGAACAUUGAGCAGUUGAAUGUUCUUUCAAAUAUUUAUGCAAAUGUGAGCAUCUCCCCGGAUGGCCACUCGGGGGAUGAAGAGGCCCCUCAAGUGGGGCGUGCAUGUGUGCAAGAGAAAACCAUCACAAAGGAUAAUUCAUCCAUACGGGAGAGCAUAGUUGAAACAAAGGCAAACAACAAGAUAUGUCUUUUGUUCAUUCACAUAUCGAGGGGCAUUAUCGCCCAAACGCAGUCUUACAUUGGGAGAAAAAACAACACUUCGGCGGAAGAUGUCACAACACCCAUGGAACUAACACAUACGAAUGUCAAAACGUGUAAGACAAUUUUAAAUAAACUUUUAAACAAAAGCGCAUCGGAACAACAUCGAGAAUAUUUCAUUUUAAAAAAAAAGUACCAAAAAAAACUGCUAAAUGUGAACGCUCUGAAAAAUUACCUGAACAGUGUUAAAUACCUGGACAUUAUUAACAUAAAAAAAUAUGUGUACAUGAUCCUUUACCUUUAUUUUAAUUCUUUCAUAUUUAAUAAGUCAGUUUACUUUUCUUCUCUCAUUUUUUACAUUUUACAAAAAUAUAAUUUACAGCACACGUACCUAUUUAACAUACUAUUUAUCAAGUUUAACUUAUUUCUUUUGAAUUACAAAACGUUGAAUGAGUACAACAAGGGGGUGUUGCUUGAUUCACUUGGGAGAUAUAUCGACUCCCUUUUGACAUUUCGAAUUAAGCAAAGUGGCCAUGGAAAAAUCAAAACAAAACAGACACACAUAAGUCCAACAGGGGAAUACCCAGACGAACUUUUCUGCCAGAUAUAUAACAAGGAAUUUGCAGAAAAUGUAUAUAUUUAUAAGGAACUCCACGAGGAUGAGUACAAAUGCAGAAGAAAUAACCCCAAACAUUUUACAUACUUUGAAAAUGCCAUACUGAACUUUUUCAAAUAUUUAUAUCAGAAUGUUACAUUCGUCGAAGGAAGGAAAAUAGCUGUAGGGAUGAACUCCGCGGAGGAGGAAAACGUUACACGUAUGCCCAAAAUUUUUGUGGAAAAAAAAUAUAACAAAUUUUGCCUGACCUGGUCAGAACAUUUUUUGUCAAAUGUUGUACUGCUAUCUAAUUAUGUGCAGAACUGCCUGCCCCUUCUUUUUUCCUUCAUGCAAGGGAUUUUCACGGUUGGGGUGAAACAUACUAGACAGCAGACGAGGCGGGACGGGAUUCCCAUGUUAUAUAAGAGAAACAUAUUUAUUUCGUGUAACGAACUGGGGAGAAGCACCCAAUCGCGGUUUGCACAGUUUACGCGGUGUGGACACAUUGAUGGGAAAAAUCCCUGUGUACAAAAAAACGGAGAAUUAAACCCAUUUUCGUCCCUUCUGAAGAAUAUUUACCGCACAUUUAAAGAUGGAGUGGUUAACGCUCGCCCAAAUGAUGAAGAUAAAAUUACGACCAAACCCUCGAAAUGCGAGGCAGAAUCCAUUAUGUUUAGGAACAUAAAAAAAAAUAGCAACAACAAGAUUCGAACGAGUCUUACACACUACUACGUUAGUAGCAGUUUUAAAAAAAUCAGUCAGGGCAACUUGCUUAAUGAAAAAAAUAUUUUAACCUUCUACUGCGACAUAUAUUUUAAUAACAACAUUGUCGAGGUUGAUGGGCCUAAGCAUUUUCUCCUUUACUACAAUUUUCAGAAAAAUGCUGACCAGGGAGGUCAUGAUGGUUGUGAUGGUUGUGAUGGUCGUGAUGGUCAUGAUGGUCAUGAUGUUCGUGAUAUCCAGUUUGGCUCGAAUUGUUACCCCCCCUUCAUCGCCAAGCAUAGGGACAUGUUCGACUUCAAUUUUGUAUUUCCCUUCUUUUUCAACAACGCAAACGUGAUGCACUUGAAGGACCGCCAAAGUAGCCACUUCUACUUCUAUAACGACAAGAGUAUAAAGAAGAACUUCUUCUUGUACAUCAAUGGUUAUUUUGUGAAACACAUAAACUGCUACGAUAGGGACAUAACAAGUUUCAAAUACUUGCAUGACGUCUUGUUCAGGCGAAGGAGCGACUUCCACGUUGCGUGGGGUAGCGCAUAUCAGUAA